AUUUUUAUCUCAUUAUCUGUCAAACAUCAUUCGAACUAAACAUUUGUUUUCAUCUUACGAAAAUAAUUUACAUUUUUUUAGAUAAAUUCUCAGUGUUACAAGACCGUGUUCGUUUCAUAAUGUCCAGAAAUGAUGUUUUGUAUGUAAAAGGCAUGGCUUUUUCUGACACAGACGAAGCAGAAGAAGAUAUUUGGGAUGAUAGCAAACUCAAUGAUGCAUAUGACAAAGCUCUGAAAAUAGCAAACGCCGAGGUGGCUAAGAGGGUAGCCAUGUCGACUAACACUACACAGAGUAAAGAUGCAAACAGUAAAACAAAGUCUAAAUCGAAUAAAUGCCCUAAGUGGAAAGUCGGAAUGCAUUGUCGGGCUGCAUAUGAAGGCGAUGGAAUUGAAUACGAGGCAGUUCUCCUGAGAAUUAUUAAUGAUAAAGAAUGUGUUAUUAAAUUUAUAGGUUACGAUAACACAGAACUGGUGUCAAUGAGCGAUUUGAAACAAAGUCUGGGUAAUGCGGAACGUGAACAACAAAUGAAGGACUCGCUAGCUGAUAAAAAUAAUGAUUUACAGAAUUAUAUGGACAUUAGUGACCGGGCUACAUCACCGGGGAGUACAGCAUCCUUACAAAGGAAGAAAAAAAACGGCAAAAAGAAAAAUAAACAAAAACAUAGAAAUAGUUUUGAAUUCCCCGAUAUUCCUUUGCCAAAUUUACCUCAGUUUAGAAAUUUCUCUCCGCUAGAUGUCCCUCCGCCAAUGUUACAUCCUCCACAGGAGUCGGAGGACCAAGCUCUAUCUUCAAUGCUUCUGAGUUGGUACAUGAGCGGUUAUUACACUGGUUUAUAUCAAGGAAUUAAGAGGGCCAAGGAAGGAAGAAAGAAUUAAAAAAAAAAUCACUUCUUUAUAAAUAGAAUUUAUUUUAAGUCAAAUAACAUGAACUAAAAAUAGAAAUGCUGUUAUCUGUUACAAAUAAAUUAAAUUAUGCCUCCAGUUUUCAUUUAACUAUUUACAAAUAUACAUUUUGAUAGAU